AGAAGAAGAAGAAAAAAUAAUAUAAUCUGGUUUGAUAGAAAAGAAGAGACUCCUGGAAAGACAGAAACAUGGGAGGGGGAUUGAAGGGAAAGAAACAGAAAGAGAGACAGCAAACAUGAGGAAAUCUGCAGAUGCUGGAAUUUCAAGCACCACACUUAAAAGUUGCUGGUGAACGCAGCAGGCCAGGCAGCAUCUCUAGGAAGAGGUACAGUCGACGUUUCGGGCCGAGACCCUUCGUCAGGACUAACUAAAGAGAGACAGCCUGCCUUUGCAGACAAGAAACUAUCAGUCUUCGGAACUAAUAAUAGGAGACACAAUGCUCCGAGAGUGGGGAGCCUCAGAAGCUGUCGGACCCAUCACAGUCAAUGCGCGGCGGCGUGGCGGAACGGAGAGGGUGGUGGACUAAUAAUGGUGCUGCUCUGAACGAGGGAGGAAAUGACCUCGAAGCUUAAGUACAGGGCAAUGGACAAUGGCCAAUGAACCUACUGACUGGUACGUCCUUGGACUGUAGGAGGAAACUGAAGCACCAACGUGGUCACAGAGAGAGCAUGCAAACUCUUUAGAGACAGCGGCGGGAAAUGAACCUGGGUCGCCAGUAGUGUAAAGGGGCAUCCAAACGUUCGGCUGUUUCCUCUUGUUGACUGGAAGGACCCUUGGCCCUCCACAGACUCUGCCUUGACCAUCUGAGGUUCCUUCUCUCCACCACCUCCUCUGCUGUUGACCUUGGACUCUGUCUCUGCGGAGGCUCAUGCUUCCCUCAGGAUGAGCUGUGCCAGGUGUUUCCGGGCACUACGGAGCCAUGCCUUUACCCCCUGGCCAGCUCCUCUCUGUAGAUUGCCGGCCUCUGCAGCUUGGAGAGCCACUUCACUGCAGGAUUCCCCAGGGCCCCGACCCAGCUUCCACUCCGGCCCCCACCUGGAGAAAGAGCCCUCAGCACCACUCCCUGAUGUGGGUGGGGCAGCUCGGAAGGAGGGGCGCCCUGCCCCACUCUCAGCCACCGACGACUUCUUCUCCCGGGCGGCCUCCUCGGCCCAGUGGGACCAGGCAACCUUCGAGAGGGUGCUGGCCACCUACUGUCGACAGGAGGCCCGCCGGCGCGGCCACGUGGAGUUCAUCUACGCCGCCCUGCGCCGGAUGCCCGAGUUCGGGGUGGAGCGAGAGCUGACCGUCUACAACCGGCUGCUUGACGUUUUCCCCAAGGAGGUGUUUGUCCCGCGCAACUUCAUCCAGCGUAUGUUCAACCACUUCCCACGGCAGCAGGAGUGUGCCGUGCAAGUGCUGGAGCAGAUGGAGAAUUACGGGGUCCUGCCCGACGUGAACACCAAGGUGCUGCUGGUGCAGAUCUUUGGCCACAAGAGCCAUCCGAUGCGCAAGUACCAGCGGAUGCUGUACUGGUUCCCCCGCUUCCGACAUGCCAAUCCCUUCCCUGUGGCUGAGCCCUUGCCACAAGACCCUGUUGAACUGGCUCGCCUCGCCCUUCUCCGCAUCGCCCCUGACCUCGAUAGCGAGGUCACCGUCUACCAGCAUCCCCAGGAAGAGGAAGGACCAGAUGGACGGAUAGUCUGCGUCCCACACCUCGUGGGUCUGCAGAGUCCGGACCAGCGGGAACUCCUGGCACAGCAUGACCCCCACCGGCCCGUCUUUGUGGAGGGACCCUUCCCCCUCUGGCUCCGCCGCACCUGCCUCCACUACUACUUGCUGCGCUCUGACCCCCUGCCCCCCGAGCUCAAGGUGACCAAGCCAUUGGAUCUCGAGCGAAACCUGUUCUACCCCAUGGAGUUGGACCUAGAGCUGGAGCGGGAUCUUGGCGAUGAUGAUGAGCUGGAGGUUGAGGAAGUUGAGGAGGGCCCAGUGUUCGCGCUGUGCCAGGCUGGAUCAGGUGACCCAGCUUUGCUAACCCGCUGGAUCAGCGGUCUACAGGAGACCAACCCGAAGCUAAGCCUCACGCCAGUCCUCUUCCGCACUGCGCCUGCCUCCCGCCAGUUGGAGCCUGCUUCAGGCAUCUCAGAUCGGACAGCUGGAAAGGAGGAGGAGAAAGCGGCCGAGCCAGGUGCCUGGAGAGUGCAGGACGGUCCGGGUGUCCCAGAGUCGACGGCUGAGGAGCAGGAGGAAGCGGAGGAGCCGGGUGCCCGAAGAAUGCAACGCUGAGUCGUGGUCUGUCGGCAUCAGCAGCAUUAUCUGGACGUCCUGGAGCUGGCAGUUGAGGAGGGGGAGCAGCAGGAGCUGGAUGCCAGGAGGCCUGGAGCCAAUGGCUGAGGAGGGGAGGAGUAGGAGGAAGAGGAGGAGCUGGGUGGCUGGGAAGUGCACAGCUGACUGAGCUUGGGAGUAGGGAAGGUCUAAAGCCUCCCACAUCCCAUCACUCCCACUCCUAACUCCCGGGGUCUGGGAAUAUCAGGAACGUAGGAAGUAUGCUGGGAAGGAGAGGCUGGGAUCGUCUUUAAGGGUGGGAGGGUUUGUCCUUCUGUGACAUCCCCUCUUCUGUUCCUUCAUUCCCAAAUACCCUCCCUACCUCCUGUCUGCUUCCUUCCCUCCCCACUGUCUUAUUCCGUUUCUUCCCUCCCUGUGACUACUUCUCCCUCUUCCCUUUAAACCCCUACCUCGUGAACACUUUCUUUCUAUAGCCGAUGCUCCCUAAAAUCUGUUCCUUUCCCUUUAUUCUGUCCCUUUCUCUCCCUCACCUCUGACUCCCUCCAUCUGCACCUCUCUUUUUUACCCUCACUUACGGACUUCUCUUUUCCUCCCUCCCUUGUUGACUCCUCUUUCCCAUCUCUCCUGUCCCUCCCAACCCUGGCGUCAUCUCAUGCUCCCUAUUUCCCUCCCUCCUACCCUCCCCUGUGGCGCCCUCCCUCCCUCCUACUUAGUAAAUGAUAUUGUGUAUAUACCAAGGUUUGAAUAAACGUGUGA